GAGCCCCGCAUUAGUGGAUUGCACCUUGAAUCCUUUGAUCAAUUGCAUUGUAGCAGAGAUUCAUUCAGAGAAGAAGAAGAAGAAGAAGAAGAAGAAGAAGAGGAAAGAGAUGAAUCUGAACAUGGAUUCUGUUGAAUCUCUUGUGGCUCAAAUCCAAGGGCUUUCUGGAAAUUUAUCAGACAUUAAUCAUCUUCACAACCUUCUCAAACAAUCUGAAGAGUUACUUCACUCCGAGUCGACUAGCGUAGUUUCUUCGCUCGCUGAACUUGACCCUUCUAUUCACUCCCUCGGCUACCUCUAUUUCUUGAAGGCGAUCUUGUCUGGCCCAGUUUCAAAGGAGGAAGCUAAUGGAAUACUCGUUUCUGUUGCAAGAUUUAUCAAUUCAUGUGUUGUCGAGCAAAUACAUUUGGCACCUGAAAAAUUCAUAUUUAUUUGUAGAUGGUUUAAGGAUCAAGUUAUAUUGCUAGAAGCACCAAUUCGUGGUGUGGCUCCUAUGCUGACUGCUGUUCGCAAGCUACAAGUCUCUUCUGAGCAGCUGACAGCUUUGCAUCCCGAUUUCCUUCUUCUUUGUGUAUUAGCAAAGUGCUAUAAAACUGGUGUUUCUAUACUAGAGGAUGACAUAUUUGAGGUUGAUCAGCCAAGGGACUUCUUUCUUUAUUGUUACUACGGGGGGAUGAUUUGCGUUGGACAAAAGCAAUUUGGCAAAGCUUUGGAACUUCUACACAAUGUUGUGACAGCACCUAUGUCCACUUUAAGUGCUAUAGCGGUUGAAUCUUACAAGAAGUACAUUCUGGUUUCCCUCAUUCGUCUUGGGCAGUUCUCCGUCAGUUUUCCCAAGUACACUUCAUCGGUGGCCCAAAGAAAUUUGAAGACCACCUCUCAGCCUUACCUGGAGCUGGCAAAUAGUUAUGGCACUGGGAAAAUCUCUGAGCUUGAAACAUUUGUUCAAACAAACAUGGAGAAGUUUGAAAGUGACAAUAAUCUUGGAUUAGUGAAGCAAGUAGUCUCUUCUAUGUAUAAGCGCAAUAUUCAACGAUUAACUCAAACAUACCUUACUCUCUCCCUUCAAGAUAUUGCCAACACUGUCCAACUAAGUAGCUCUAAAGAGGCAGAGAUGCACGUGCUUCAAAUGAUUGAAGAUGGUGAAAUAUAUGCGACUAUAAAUCAGAAGGAUGGUAUGGUUAGAUUCCUGGAGGAUCCUGAGCAGUAUAAAACAUGCGCAAUGAUCGAACACAUUGAUUCAUCAAUGAAGAGAAUAAUGUUGCUGUCAAAAAAGCUGACUUCAUUGGAUGAGCUUAUGUCUUGUGAUCCUAUGUACCUAGCGAAGGUUGGCAGGGAGAGACAAAGAUAUGAUUUUGAUGAUCUUGAUAGUGUUCCUCAGAGAUUCAACAUAUGAGACAAGCACAGUUUGAGAUUUGGGAGUAAAUAUGUCAAACGAUGGUAGAGCUAUUCAUUGAAAGCAAAAUUUGUUCUAUUAUUUCCGCAAAUGACUCCAGUUGGCUUAGGUGCUCUACGCUCUUGAAAAAAGUUAGUUUUUGGUUUUCUAAUGUUGGGUUAAGGCAUAUAUGAUCAUGACAUUUUACACUGGUUUAUAAGGAAUUUUUCUCACCACCUGUCAAGUGGAUGACUAGCA